UGCCUAGCCGAGAGACACUCGCGGUCGGACCCAAUCCGUUGACAUUGCAGCGGAGAAGCUAGCAGUGGUUGUCUGGCGACCCGGCUAGUUGUCCUACGUGACGGUUCGGCUCGCAUAGGGCGGUUCGGGAGCUGUGGGCCAUGUGGGUCAUGUACCGGAGGCCGCUGCAGUCCGCCGUCAGAACCGUCCUAAAUGUGACCGCGACCAGAACCGCCUGCGGGAAGGGUUUCCAGAAUUUCCAGAUCUCCAUCAGCAGGCCUUCAGCAGUGCAGAUGACAUGUCGGACGCUGCACCUGAGCACACAGGUGUGCAGCGUGAAGGAGACGCCGCAGCACAUCGAGGAGGAAGUCGGAGCCUUUACUAAACUUAUUGAGGCCAUGGGCUUCACGGGACCCCUCAAGUACAACAAAUGGAAAAUCAAGAUUGCCGCACUGCGAAUGUACACGUGCUGCGUGGAAAGGAUCAACUACGACGACUUCUUUCAGCGGUGCACGCUGCCUGACACGCUCAACUCGUGGUUUCUGAUCGCGCAGCUGCACGUGUGGAUGUGUCUGGUGCGAAUGCGUCAGGAAGGCCGAGCAGGGAAGUACAUGUGCCGCUACAUUGUGCAUUCCAUGUGGGAGGAUGUGGAACAGCGCAGUAAGAUCAUGGGGAUUGACGCCAUCCAUCGAAAGGAAGCACUUAAAGCCAUGACGGAAACAUUCUACGCUGCCUUGUUUGGAUACGAUGAGGGCAUCUUGUCCGAUGACAGCGUGCUGGCUGCCGCUCUGUGGAGGAACUUAUUCGGCUGUCAGUGUGAAGACCCCACCCAGCUGGAGCUCAUGGUGGAAUACGUGCGCAAACAGAUGCAGUACAUCGACUCUCUGGACGGAGAAGACCUAUUGCUGACUGGGGAAGUCAAGUGGCGCCCACUUGUGGAAGAGAAUGCUCAGAGCAUUCUGAAAGUCCCCACGCCCACAUACAAUGACGCUGGACUUUAACUUCUUGUCUAGCUUUUUGUGCCCGGAGGACAAGUGGAGGUGGACGUGAUGACGUGGCUGUCCUGUCGGGUCUGAGAGCCUCCAUCACUUCCUGUCUGCAAAUUGGCUCAUUCAAGAGAAAAAAUACAUGUUUUCAGAGGUAGAGAAUUAUGUGCACUUAAGUGUUAACACCACCAUCAAGUUGACUUUUUCAUAAUAUAAUUAAAAUGUCAAAAUAU